UAUCGCUGGCUCUCUAUGCGCUCUGCAAUAACUCCUCCAUCUUCUCUGCCUUUUCCCUUUCUCUUCUUCCUUCUUUAUCCCAUCACCAUCUAUCUCUCUCUCUCACAUUUUUUAUCUGCUUUUCUUUUCUUUUUCUUUUUUUUUCCCUUUCCCUUUCAUUUCCAUGUCCUCACUAUUCUUCUUAAAUUCUACUCACAAGAAAGGCGUCCUUAGCAAUAAACCUCAAAACCACUCUUCACAGUUCUAAACAAAUUCUGCUUUUUCAUCAACCCUUUGACUUCAAAACCAGAUCUGACCUGCUUUGCUUGUCUCUAACCGUAAAACCUGAAUAGGGUUUUAUAGGGUUUCUAUCCACUUUCAAGAACAGGAGAAAAGAGGAGAGUAAAACUCCACCGAAAUAUACGUGGGCGUUAAAUAAAAUGCCAGCUUGAAAAAUUUUCCAGUGUCAAAGGUUUCACACUGUGUCAAAUCCGUGUUGGUCUUUUAGUUCUAUAUUUGGCACGUAAGGACAGAUGAAAAGAAGUCUUCUUUGAGAACCCACUAACCAGAAUUAAGUAAAUUCCAGUCUGUUGUUACAUGUAACCAUCCCAUUUUUUUUGUUCAGACACUGCCAAAGAAUCUGUUGACCUCAACGCACUACCUUCUAAAAACCAAAACCAAAAUCAAAACCAAAAAGCUAGACCUCAAUUUAGAGGGAGAAAGAUAUAUAUAAAGAGAGAGAGAGAGAGAGAGAAGUUUCUAGGGUUUCAUGGUGAAGAUGUGCAGCUUCAAGGGCAUAGGAAGAAGUCUCGUGCCAAGAAUUUUCAGGCGAGUCUGAAAACCUAUAAAAAAGCUGAUUGGAAAAUUUUAAGUUUGUUACUUAAGAACAUCAUGAUGUUUCAGCCAAACAUGUUUGAUAGCCACCAUUCCUUGCUGGACAUGAUCCAUAAAACACCAGAAAAUGAGAUGGACCUUAUUAAGGAUGAUGAAUUCGACAGCAAAUCGGUGACUGAUAUAAUGGAAGCACCUUCUGGUGAUGAUGGAGAUCCAAAUCCACGCCCCAAAAAGAAGCGUUAUCAUCGCCAUACCCAGCAUCAAAUCACAGAAAUGGAAGCUUUUUUUAAGGAAUGCCCUCACCCAGAUGAUAAACAAAGGAAAGAGCUUGGACGUCAAUUAGGAUUGGAGCCUUUACAAGUAAAAUUUUGGUUCCAAAACAAGCGUACUCAAAUGAAGUCUCAACAUGAGCGCCAUGAGAACACACAGCUGAGGAAUGAAAAUGAAAAGCUUCAUGCUGAGAACAUAAGGUAUAAAGAAGCUCUUACCAAUGCUACUUGUCCCAACUGUGGAGGACCAGCGGCCAUUGGCGAGAUGUCAUUUGAUGAGCAGCAUUUGAGGAUCGAGAAUGCUCGUUUAAGGGAAGAGAUAGAUAGGAUUUCUGGAAUUGCAGCAAAGUAUGUUGGAAAACCUAUGCUUUCUUAUGCAAGUCUUUCUCCUGGAUCAUCUCGUUCACUUGAUCUUGGACCGGGAAAUUUUGGACCACAUACAGGCAUGGCAGGAGAGAUAUAUGGUGCAGCUGAUCUUCUUAGGUCAGUCUCCAGACCAACUGAUGCCAACAAGCCCAUGAUCAUUGAGUUGGCUGUUGCUUCAAUGGAGGAGUUAAUCCGAAUGGCUCAAACAGAAGAACCUUUAUGGAUACCUAGCAUGGACAAUAUAGAGACUUUGAGUGAAGAGGAAUAUGUCAGGAAUUUCCCUCGUGGGAUUGGGCCAAAACCCUUGGGAUUGAAAUCUGAGGCAUCUCGAGAGUCUGCUGUUGUGAUAAUGAAUCAUAUCAGCUUGGUUGAAAUUCUGAUGGAUGUGAAUCAAUGGAGAAGCGUGUUCUCCAGCAUUGUCUCGAGAGCAAUGACUGUUGAAGUUUUAUCAACUGGAGUGGCAGGCAACUAUAAUGGAGCUUUACAAGUGAUGACCGCUGAGUUCCAGGUCCCUUCCCCAUUGGUUCCAACUCGCGAAUUCUAUUUUGCAAGAUAUUGCAAACAGCAUGGUGAUGGUACAUGGGCUGUGGUUGAUGUUUCUUUAGACAAUCUGAGAGAUGCCUCUGUAUCCCGGUGUAGACGAAGGCCAUCUGGUUGUUUGAUCCAAGAUUUGCCAAAUGGUUACUCAAAGGUAACAUGGGUGGAACAUGUUGAGGUAGAUGAUAGAGCUGUUCACAACAUCUACAAACCACUGGUCAAUUCUGGUCUCGCAUUUGGGGCAAGACGCUGGGUGGCGACGUUGGAUAGACAAUGUGAACGUCUUGCAAGUGUAAUGGCCAAUAAUAUUUCAGCAGGAGAUGUUGGAGUGAUAUCAUCUCCAGAAGGUAGAAAGAGUAUGUUGAAGCUGGCAGAAAGAAUGGUAAUGAGCUUCUGCACUGGUGUCGGUGCUUCAACUGCACACACAUGGACAACAAUGUCAGGAAGUGGAGCUGAUGAUGUUAGGGUUAUGACAAGAAAGAGUGUGGACGAUCCAGGCAGGCCUCCUGGUAUUGUGCUAAGUGCUGCUACUUCAUUUUGGCUCCCAGUUCAACCAAAAAGAGUUUUCGAUUUUCUUCGUGACGAGAAUUCAAGAAAUGAGUGGGAUAUUCUUUCUAAUGGGGGCCUUGUUCAAGAAAUGGCACACAUAGCAAAUGGCCGUGAUCCAGGCAAUUCUGUCUCGUUACUGCGUGUUAAUAGUGCGAAUUCUAGCCAAAGCAAUAUGCUGAUACUACAAGAGAGUUGCACUGAUUCAACAGGCUCCUAUGUUAUAUAUGCUCCAGUUGAUAUUGUUGCAAUGAAUGUGGUCUUAAGUGGUGGUGAUCCAGACUAUGUUGCCCUCUUACCAUCUGGUUUCGCUAUACUUCCUGAUGGACCUAUAAAUCUAGCCGGAGGGAUUAAUCCUGAGGUUGGUUCUGGUGGUUCGUUACUGACCGUCGCCUUUCAGAUAUUGGUAGAUUCAGUUCCAACAGCUAAACUUUCUCUGGGUUCAGUAGCAACUGUUAAUAGCCUGAUCAAGUGCACUGUUGAAAGGAUCAAGGGUUCUGUGCUGUGCGAAGGUUCAUGACCCAAAGAUCUGCUUUCUGUUUAUACUUGAAAUGAAGAAUAAAUGAAAAUUAUUGAUUUGUUUACCGUAGGAUGUGAGAGAAAUGGAAAGAAGUCAAGAACGCACCUUGUAUAAUCCUUGCCGUGUCGUGUUAAUCAUCUUGGAUGAAGAAUGCAUCUUGAGUUUCACCAAUCAGCAAGGUUAAUAUAGGUUCGGGUAUUGACUAAGAAAAGACUCAGACUUGUCUUAAAAUCUUUUUACCAUUGUUUAAUUUGCAUCAAAGUUAGGGUUUUUAUUUUAUUUUAUUUUAUUUUUUUGUUUAGUAAUCAUUGUGUCUUUGGAGAAGUUAAGUUAGCAAACUGUGGAACCUCAAUUUGGCUAUUUAUAAGUGGUUUUCUUUUCAUGUGAAUUUUUGUUUCAGUAA